GUUAAUCAUCUAAUCAGAGCUUCAAGAAUCUCCGACGCCGGCCGAGAUCGAGAGAACAGCGUAUGGUAGAAUAAUUCCUUUAACUGACUGCCGGAAGAAUGGCCGGGAUGACGGCGAGACAGCAUCCGGUUUCCGGGCUACCAUUGAAUGGCGGAGGAGUGACCUCAGCCAAUACCCCUGCCCCAAGCCUCUCCGACUUGUACACACACUGUGUUUCCGCAGAGAUUGGUGGAUUACCUGACCUUCUCUAUGGCCUACGCUACGGAGGUGUUCGUCAAUCUCCCUUUCCAGUUUUCCAGUCUCCAUUACCGAUGCUUCCUCAUCCAAGAGUUCAAGGAAACGAUAUAAAGCGGAUUAUUACUUUUGCAUAUCCCUUGCCAGAUCUAGCCCUCGAUUAUGCAAUUGUAAACAAUGAAAUUCCUGUCAGACAUCAAGAAUUCCCUGCACUGAUAAAGCUGGUGUGUCGAAAUCGACAUGAUAGUGUGCUACAAGGAGCAAUUUUGUUCCUGAUGAUAUCUGUUAAGACUGCUUGUGAACGUGAGUGGUUUUCCGAAAGAGAUUGUAAAGAGCUCAAUAAUCUGGCUGAGGAGAUUAUAAGUACCUUUGGCAGUGUGCCAGCUUGUAACAUUCUUCAACGCUCCUCGCAAAUGGUUAUCUCGACGAUUAUGUCUCGAUUUUAUCCCUAUUUGAGGAUGGGUCAAGUUCUUGCUGUACUUGAAAUCAAGCUUGGGUUCAAUGCUUAUGCAAUUGAUUUCCAGAUUUCAAAGAAUUUGAUACUUUCUCCAGAAGAGAAAAUUAGGCUGUUUGUUGCACAAACAGAUAAUAUGGAGACAUCUGUUUGUAUUAAAAGUCCUGCCCAAGCAAACUUCCUCAUAAAUGGAAACGGAGUUGUGAAGAGGGAUAACGUUUUCAUGGACACAAGGCCACAGAUUCCAACAAUCAUAAACCAUUUUCUCAAAUAUGGAGCAAACACUCUCCAGGCUGUGGGUGAAUUUUAUGGGAAUUAUAUUGUUGCUGUUGCUUUCAUGAGCGAGAUGCCAAACCCCUUUAAUAGCACCCUGAAAGAUUAUGAGCAUAAAGCUUCUGCAACCGUGGAUUUAGAUUCCGAAAUAAUUGAGGGGCCAUCAAGGAUAUCACUAAAGUGCCCUAUUAGCUAUCAGCGUAUUGUGACUCCUGUCAAAGGGCAUUCAUGCAAUCAUCAUCAGUGUUUUGAUUUUAACAACUAUUUGAUAAUGAAUUCGAGAAGACCAUCCUGGCGCUGCCCAACUUGUAAUCACAAUGUAUGCUUCAUUGAUCUUCGUCUGGACCGAAAAAUGGUUAAGGUCUUGGAAGAGGUUGGGCCCAAUGUGUCUGAGAUAAUUAUAUCCUCAGAUGGCUCAUGGAAUGCUGUGAUGGAAAAUGAUGAUACCAAUAUGGGAGAUGCUGUUUCUGCCGAAUCUGUUGAUAUGCUGGAUCUAACCCAGGUUGAUGAUGAAGCAACUGAUGCUACAAAAAAUGGGGGAACAGAAGGCACAAACAAUGUCGUUGAUCAGUUUCAAUUCACAAGCCAGAAUGCAACAGACAGCUCUCAUAUAACCAACAUAAGUGGUGCUAAUCAGAAUGGGUCUCAAGUUCUGAAUGGCUUUUCAUCUGGAAUUUCUAUCCCCGCACCUGUUCAACCUCAUCUGUUGCCCACCAUCCCGGCCCCAAAUCCUGCACUCCAACACAGUUGCCCCAGAAGUAUUACUCCAAAUACUUUCUCUGCAGCUUUGCAAGCCUCUCCUGUUCCAAACUUCUCCUCUGAACAUCCUGUUCAAAACCUAUCCCCUGCUGUCCUACAACGCUUUACAAGCAACGGGAAUGGUUUUAUUGAAAAUAGUGUUUUAGCACCUGCCAUGGCCAUGGCCGCACCACUUGGUGCCCCAUCCCCAACUCCUGUGCUCCAACAAAAUUCUGGAAAUGGUCUGAGCUCUUUAAGCAAAGAUAGCUUGUUUCCAAUGUCGGUCUCUCCCAGUAAAACAAGCAUCCCUUCAGGAGAUCACUACGCUGCCCUGAAAUAUCUAGUCCCUGGUGGUCAACCGCAUCAGGAAAAUUUGUUUGCACUAAAUCAACAUCAACAACAGAAUGCUGGUGGCUUUAAGAGCUCAAAUCUGAUGCAAAAUGCACAGUGGAUUUCAAAUGAACAGAGCUACUUUAACAGAAAUGGGAUUGGGAUGCCAAACCUCGGGAUCCCUCAACACUGGAGUCAACAAUCUCCGAGCCAAAUCCAAUCAUCUGUGCAGCCUUUUCACAACUCCCUGCUCCCACAGAGCCAUGUGGAAAGCAGAAGCAUUCCUGAAACAGGUGCAUCGAUCGUUGAAAAAGCUCAUUUUGUUGCGGGCUUCAACAGAAAUGUCCUAAUGCAGGUGGAUGCUGAUAAUAUGAUGGGCUUGCCUUCAUAUUCCGCAAUUCCUGACGGUUCUAAUAUGCUGCAAUUGAUGGGAAACGAAAUGGGCAACAUUGGAGGCAUAGGAACUGAAACAUAUGAUCCUGAUUGGCAUCCUGCUCCUCCGACUGGGCUAGUUUAUGCUGAUGAUGCCUUGAACCAGUUCACUAUCUCGCCCCAUAAUCAAGAAGUUGAAGACAUAAAUGCGACGACUUCUUUCCCAACUGACAUGGCCUACUAUGAUAUGUGGGGUGGUGUUGGUGCGGGCUCUGCUCUUGCACCAAAUGGCUAUCCAUUUGCAGCAGGACCAGCUUUGGGGUGGGAUGGGAUGCCCAUGCCCUGACUGCACUUGCUACCCUUUCUGGUAUGUGCUAUGAAUCUUGAGCUAAACUUAUAGUAUUAUUAUUACAGCAAAACUUGAAUUUGAGGAUUGCUUAUAACUAUGGAGGUUUGCAGAUCUAUUAUUACUAUCAAGUAUUAUUAGUAAAGAAAAGCUAGUAUGGAGGAUUGAUUAUAACUAUGGAGUUUUGCAGUUGUGGAUCUGUGGAAUCUUGAUUCUAUGCUACUUAGUAUGUCAUUUUGGAUGUUAUUGUGUUUGGUUUGUGUUUUCGUGUUUGAAUAGCGAUUUAAUGUGAUAGUUGUGAAAGAAAAUAGUGUAUGUCUAUAAAGAAACGAGGAGAUCCAAAGAGAACAUGGAGACAGACAAGUAUACUCAAUUAUCAUUUUUGUAAUUCAUUUAUUUCACUGGCAAAAUAUAUUUUAUAUGUUUGCAAAGUUCGUUGUUUUUGUCCUUUGGCCAUGCGUGGGACAGCCGUGGUGUGAACACCACGGCGACUAAAGAAUACAAACGUAUAAAUAUAUUUUGCCAGCGAGAUAAAUAAAAUAGAAAAGUGAUAUUUGGAUAUACAUGAAGGAUAUUAUUUGCAAUUUUUCGUAGGCUUGAAGAACACAAAACUCUUAAUU